GCGAUUCUCUGAAGCUGCUCGAGAAUUUGAUUGCCGUUGUCAAUACGUACCGUGCCAAGUAUAUAAUAGUGACAAGACAGCCUUCCAAAAGCUCACGGUACUGGGGAUCCAGUCUGUGAAGACAUCGGUAUCACUCUCUGUCACCGAGGAUAGGACAUUUCUUUAUCAAACGCAUCGAACGACUGGAAUCCCGACAGAAAUGAAGCAGCAGUAUUGUCUCGUUUCUCUUUUCGAGCUUCUGGCCUUUCUACUGGGAAUUACCCCCCCCCCCGGUUGUACAUACCUCGAGGGAAUCAAAGGAGAAUACGACAAUACAAUCAGGACCAACGGGUUUCAUGACCUGGUAGUACAAGCCAAGAGAGGUGUCGAAGAGCGACAACUUCGUAUUCUUCCGCCCUGCGUACUCGGUAGGAGAUACCGUCAAGUCGUCGAGGAAACCGAGGUCCCUCUGGAAGUACAAAUCAAACGACAUUAUAGCCGCGAUCUGCGAUUCUUGGGCAAUGCCGGUUUUCAAGCACGCCGAGACCAGCUGGAAUACUUGCAUAGGCGCCACAUGGACAGGCUAGACCGCGGAACACUCCACACGAUGGCACCUUGCCCACCGACCGUGGAACUGUUCAGCCCGCAGUAUACCACUUGGUUUAUGGGCGCAAAACCUGGAGUGCUCAUCUAUCGAGUGGCCAAUGCAAGCGGCCGCAAACCCAAUGCCUGACCUGGACGAAGAAGGGCAAGACAAUACCUGCCAUGAGCAAGA